AUGGCGGAUGUGAGGUAUGUGGUGAAGAAUCAGUCUAAUUCGGCUACCGAGGAUUUAUCGCUUGUGGAGUUCGAAACGAGUGAAGAUGUCGAAGUCAUUCCAACAUUUGAUAGAAUGGGCCUCAGAGAGGAACUUUUACGAGGUAUUUAUGCCUACGGAUUUGAAAAACCAUCGGCAAUACAACAGCGUUCCAUAAAACCCAUUGUGAAGGGACGCGACGUGAUCGCACAAGCACAAUCGGGUACUGGUAAAACUGCUACGUUUUCAAUAUCUAUAAUUCAAUCACUCGACACGACCGUUAGAGAAACGCAAGUACUCUGUUUGUCACCCACAAGAGAAUUGGCUGUUCAAAUUCAAAAAGUUAUACUUGCAUUGGGAGAUUUCAUGAACGUUCAAUGCCAUGCUUGCAUUGGUGGUACGAAUUUAGGAGAAGAUAUAAGAAAACUAGAUUACGGUCAACACGUCAUUUCUGGUACUCCUGGAAGAGUUUUUGACAUGAUUCGUCGUAGAGUACUACGUACGAGAUUUAUCAAAAUGUUGGUGUUGGAUGAAGCUGAUGAAAUGUUAAACAAAGGAUUCAAAGAGCAAAUAUAUGAUGUGUACAGAUACUUACCUCCUGCGACUCAAGUUGUUUUAAUAUCUGCCACAUUGCCACAUGAAAUAUUGGAAAUGACAUCAAAAUUUAUGACGGAUCCAAUUAGAAUCCUUGUCAAACGUGAUGAAUUGACUCUUGAAGGUAUAAAACAAUUUUUUGUCGCUGUCGAAAGAGAAGAGUGGAAAUUUGAUACACUUUGCGACUUGUACGAUACAUUGACAAUAACUCAAGCUGUUAUAUUUUGCAACACGAAAAGAAAGGUUGAUUGGCUUACUGAAAAAAUGAGAGAAGCAAAUUUUACAGUUUCUUGCAUGCACGGUGACAUGCCUCAAAAGGAAAGAGAUGCAAUUAUGAAAGAAUUUAGAACUGGUUUGAGCAGAGUACUCAUCACAACAGAUGUUUGGGCAAGAGGAAUUGAUGUUCAACAGGUGUCUCUGGUUAUAAAUUACGAUUUGCCAAACAACAGAGAAUUGUACAUUCAUAGAAUUGGUAGAUCGGGUAGAUUCGGUAGAAAAGGUGUCGCCAUAAAUUUUGUCAAAAGUGACGACAUCAGGAUAUUGAGAGACAUCGAACAGUAUUAUUCCACGCAAAUCGACGAAAUGCCCAUGAACGUUGCCGAUUUAAUUUAA